CAACAUUAAGAGUGUCGCUCACUCGCUAUACCCAAGCUUUUUGUAGAGAGUAUAGUCCAAAUACACUAGAGCCCUCCUCGAUUACAGACUGCCACGAUGUUGGGGGUUACUCGCGCGUCGCUUCGAUGAAUUUUAUCCCGAUCCCUCCAAGUAACGAAUGCCGAAUUCAGGACACGAGAGAUACAGUUCAUAAUGUCUGUAGCAAAGGAGCAGGAGUCUGAGAAGAAAGGGCCGGAGUCUAAGGAGAAAGGGCCAGAGCCCGAGAAGCAAGACCCAAAGCCGGAGAAGAAAGAGUUGAGGUCCAAGAAGAAAAGGCCAGAUCUGUAUGGCCUACCAAUGGAGGACUUCAUCGAGAAGAACGACCGUAAUCGGUUCAACUGGAAGGAAGCAUCCAAGCUCAAGAUGUCUCCGAACUCUACCUUGGAGCGUAAGCUACAUAAUCACGCUAGAAUCGUUCCGGACAAUGAGUCUAUACGGUCGCCUUUGGUAAAAGGCAAUACACUCGGCAAGUCAUCCGGCACAAGGGUAUACGAGUGUUGGUAUGAUCAGGAUAAGCCGGCUUACCCGAGGAAACUCGCACUGAAGAUAUUCGACUAUGGAAGAGCCGAGAUACCCUUGGAGAAUGCGCUCGUCGAGGUCGGGAUUAUGGAGCAAAUAAAUCACUGCCACGUUGUGUCAUACGUCGCUUCAUAUGACAUGGUGUACUCGGAUAAGACCGACAAUACCCUCGGCAUCGUAAUGUAUCCCGCAGGGACUGAUCUGCGCAAAAUCCUCGAUGAGAUCACCAAGCAGCUCAAGGAAACCAAGGAAGCGCCCGACCGGCUCCGAGACGAACAUCAGGAUCACAUCCGGUCGUUUUUUGGGUUCUUUGCUUGUCUGAGCAAGACACUUGAAUAUCUUCACAGUGCUAAGACCAACGUCAAGCACAAGGAUAUUAAACCCGACAACAUCAUCGUUGACGAGUUUUCUCAACCACUCAUCACGGACUUUGGCAUCUCCAAACGUUACCCUCGCGCGGGUGAGGAGGUGACGUCGGGUGGCCAGAAAUACACCCCUCGAUACGUAGCCCCAGAAGUUGUGAACAAAAGCCAGAUGACCGGCUACGAGUCGGACGUCUUUUCCCUCGGGUGCGUAUUCUUGGAAAUGGCAACCCUCAUCCUCGGCAUACCACUUGGAGCUCUCUACAAGCAUAUAAACAUGGAGAAGCCCCAGUACUAUCGUAAAAUCAGUUUGCUCCAAGUUUGGAUCGAGUCAAAUCUUCCCAAAAGUAACUCCUGGGAGCGGUCCGGAUUGGCUCGAGACGAACGUGACGCCAUCUGCAAGGUACUCCCUAUCAUCGGCAAGAUGGUAGAAGCGAACCCAGACGACAGACCAAAGUCUCAUGAUUUAUGGCAGCAUUUCAAGAGCCUUUAUCUCUACACGAAGAGCAAAAUUGCAUGCCAUUCGUGCGAGAUUCAGACCGAAGCGCUUAAAUUCCCACAGGACAUCGAGAAGGAUAUCGAAACGCUCCCCGCACCCAACAUUGAAGACGAUAUAGAGCCCAGUGGUGAACCAGAAUCUCCCGACGUGGCAGGUCAUCUUGGAGGAGAAGAGGAAGUGGCCCGCGAUACGGCACCGCCACCCCCAACGGACCAGAGAAUCCCCGAACCGGAGGAGGCCAGUCCUCAACGCGUCACACCUCUGCCCCCGACGGUCGGAAAAGGAGUUCGCUUCGAGGAAUAUGAAAACGCAGCCGAUGUACGACAACAGCUUUCUACAGACGGCACAAGCCCUCUACAUGAAGACGGAAGACCCGCGACCGCAACACCGCCGUUGACGGACACGGAGGACGACAUGGGCGACAAGAAAGCAAGCCACGCAACCCGGGCCAAAGAAUCACAGUCCAAAGCGAUGCGUCGCGCCCCAACCUGGGUGGUGGCGAAUAGCGCGAAGAAUAUUUCACACAAAAGUAUACUGGUACUCGACCGCGACGAGUCCCAUCCGCAGCGCAUGAAAAUUUCAGUCGGCAGCACGAAGAUGUUCGAGGGUGAGUGUAGUCCUACCCUGUAG